CACUCUAUAUAAGCCAGCGCUUCUCUAUGCCCAACUGUUUUCUCGUGUCAAGCACCACCGCAUACUCUCGACAUGGGAUCCUCUCCGAUAAUUGUUGUUUCGAUGCUGAUGGUUGUCAUGGUUACCGGGCAGUACUACGACCAAACGACCCCAGUUCCGAUCCUGAAACAGAUCAAUCGGCACAACGAGGACGGAUCCUACAGCUACGGAUACGAGGCAGCUGACGGUAGCUACAAGAUAGAAACGAAACAUCCGACAGGGGACGUAGUCGGCAAGUAUGGCUACGUCGAUGACACGGGCAAAGUACGUGAGGUGGAGUAUGGUGCUAGCAGACGUGGGUUCGAGCCUGCAGGUACAGGAAUCAACGUGGCUCCCCCAACACUCACUAACAACUACAAUCAAGGCAACUCGCUGGGAAGUGACUAUGACGACGGCCAGUAUCGUGAGGAUCCAAGUAUCUACUACAAAUCAUCUUCUUUUAACAGUGCACCGAAUAGGCCCUCGUACCAGAAUACACAAUCUAGAUACUCUCAAAACCAGCAGUCCUCUAGUUACAACCCGCAACCCUCAUACCAGGAGCGUUAUAACUCACAACCCUCAUACCAGGAGCGUUACAACUCACAACCCUCAUACCAGGAGCGUUACAACCCCCCUCCCCAACAACAAUACAACUCACCCCAAAAUCAGUAUAAUUCUCCUCAGCAGCCCUACUAUCCUAAAAUUGAUCCCAACCAAUUCCGUGGUCACCCAGCAACUAAUUUUGAUGUAUAUUCAGGAUCUUACAGUGUCAACUACUCCGGCUGAAGGACACGUGUUUCACAGACAAUCGCCAUGUUGCUUUGUCCUAAACAAUGUACGUUGACCUGAUUGUUUUGGAUUACCGUACUGAAUAAGGGAUGCUAUUCGGUAACUUGACACGAUAUCGGUCAAAAUAUGUGGAUAUCGUACUUAAUUACUGAUAGAAAUGCAUUGUUGUAAUAAAAACAGAUAAAGCAACAAUCUUAUACUCAUUCCGCUGUCAUAAUUUCAGCUGCAGAUGUGAGAGCAGUAGAUAUGAAUGUAAGGAAUUUGACAUUUUGUCAGUUUCCAUGUUGUUAACAUGAUAUUUUAUCUUGUUUUUCUACCUUUCCUUUACUUAUAUCAAAAUAUUAAGUCAUAUAAAGUACAAUAUGUUAGAAUACCUAGAUACAUGAUCCGUGUUGGCAUUCUAGAGUGAAGAAUGUUGCCAUCUCAUCGCGUGAUAUACUUGGUAGUUCAAAGAUCAUAAAUUAACGAGGGAAGAAGACCCAAGGCGACACAAAUGUUCAUGCAAAGGAACAUCAGGUCUACAGCUCAUGUUACAGGGAGUCCGAACCUAGUCACUACUAUUCUGGACAUUUAACCCAUUGCGGUGAAUUUGUAGAAUCCAUGUUUAAGCUACAAAAGACAUAAUGAUUUGUGGUCAGUGAAUAAUGCCUGAAUUAACUUGAAUAAAAGUUUGAAUAAUUGCAUCUGCCCAAUUUAUAGCGGUUUAUGAUCAAUAUACCUGCCUCAAAGCAAUCCCAGAAUGUUCAGUCAGUUUCCCUGUGGGUGCCUAGUCAGGCGGUAGAGUCGGACAUUCCUCUUUUCAAGACGGACCGACCCAUAAGACAUUGAAUGGCUUAAGGGGAACUUUAACUAGAAAACUCAGUCUAUUUACAGUAAUACCCACCUAUACGCUGUAUUUCUGUUAUGAACUAUACAGGAUAAUUAUGAGGAUACUGGCGAAAUUCGUGAAUAUAUUAAUCAAUGAACUCAUAACAAAGAGUUAUAUUAAUAUGGACCCCGUUCUUAUAGUUCAAGGAGAGAUGACAGUUUGAAAGCAAUAUGACAGAAUUGAGAAGAUUAAGAGAGAUUUUCGUUGAAUUUUAAUGAGAAACUGAAGUAAUUGCUAUUUAAUAGCGAAACAUCUUACAGAAACUGUUCAGAGUGUCCGCUUGCGGUCUGAAUAUAUUUUGAACACAUUUACCCAUGCGUAGUGUUACAGAUCACUGCAACAGCACGCAGUGCUAAAUUGUGCGUUCAAAUGACAGUUUUAUACCUUUUUUCGUUAUUAAGAAGCAUUUAUUUUAGUUUUACUCUGAAGUUAGUAUGAAAUUUUUCAUCGAAGCCUCGUAUCUCUGGUAUAGCACUUUCACAUUUUCAUGAAUUCUUAACCUUUCAAGACUGGGCACAAAUUUAUAUGAAUAUUUUAUUCAGAAUCACGUGAUUAAUAUACCCACGAAGUCUGGUAGAUUUCUGAUAAAUCACUUUGUAUAUGCUCAAGUACUGACAAGUUAUAUUCCUAGUAACUUAUUACUUAGUCACGUUAAUCCAACGAACACUCCAAUAGAAAUAUAUUAAGAUUUUAUAUCCUGUAGUUAUGUAGCAUAUAUAUAUUGUGGCUUCUCCAGACUUUACUGAAAAAUGAAUUACUCAUCUACAGAGAAAAUAAUUAAUCUGAGAUUCUACUGCAAGUUUCAGUUUCGUCGUGUUUGUAUGGUAACUAUGUAACGCUGAUGGUGGUUGUGAUAUUUUGUUUUGUGUAUGAAUAAAGGUUGAAAGUUUAAAUAAUUUCA